GUUUGUUUGUAAAUACUUUUAGUGGUUUCGAAAUUACCACCAACUGUUUAUCACCGCAGUGCCCUUGUAGCUGGCGCUUACUGCGAACUCCCGUCAAGUGUGUUUGCUUUGUGUAGAGAGCAACUACAAAAAUAAAAAGCUGGUGUUGAUUUUUUGAGAUCGGAAAGCAAUGGCUCAGACACGCUACAAGCAGGAUAUGCCCCCACCAGGGGGCUACGCCAAGAUCAGCAUUGAGCGUAUCCUCCCUAGAAGCUACUUCAAAAGCCCGUAUAUGAUUGGAGGCUCUCUACUAGCCACUUUGAUCAUGUACAAAGAGUAUCUUAAAAACAGAGACAGACUAAGACUUUGGAACCUGGAAACGAACGACGUGUUUGUGUCCCUUCAGCCGUUCCUAGUCGCUGAAAGGGAUCGUGCCUAUUUGAAGCACAUACGCAAGAACUACGAAGAAGAGAAGCUAAUCAUGAAGGAUGUGCCCGAAUGGGAAGUCGGCACAUUCUAUGGGGAGAAAAUUUACAAGACCGCUCCCCCUGACUACCACAUGAAUGAAGGGAUUGAUCAAUUAUAUGUGCAUUGCAGUCCAUAUGAUCUAAAUUAUCAAUGGAACUACGGUAACAUGACGUACCACAUCCCUGUAGAAUACAAGUACAAGCCAAAAGAAAAUAUUAAAAUUAACUAAUUGCAGUUUUCACUUGAGCGAAAUCAAACGAAAGAAUGUUAACAUAAAAGCACAUGUUGAAAAUAGUGGAAACAUACAGUAGCGAGGAAGAAGAUCAGGAGCGAAAGGAGCAGCAUGUUAAUAAAAUGUUAUCUAAGUAAAUAUAAUGAAAAUAAAUAGCGUGAAGUCAUUUGACCUUCGAGUGGAUAGAAAAAUUGCCGUGCAAUAAAAGCCAGAGUAGUGAUCUUCAUAAAAUAUUGUUUUCGAUGUAGUAAUGAAGCCCUACAGAUGCAAAGAAAUUCGAUGUAUGUGUUAUCAUAAUUUGGAUUUUUAAUGCAAUAAGAAUUUCUUUAGCGCAUUUCUUUCUUUGGGAACGAUUGAGACCGGAAAAAUAUGAAUAGUGCUUGUUCUUAUUUAGGCACUUUUAGGCACUUAAGAUAUUCGAUAUUUAAAUUGAAGAACUCCGUACGAUGUAUGUAAAAAGGAGUCCCAGAUUCAAGACUAUCGCGCGACAUUUACCUUACAAAUUCCCACUCUCGUUUCUCGUUACGAGCAAGCUGGUGAUACUUGAUUGCAUAAGUGGGAUUGCUUAGCGAAAACAAGGUCACAAUUCUAUAUUGGCACUGAACCAAGUGACAUUUUACAUCAGUUGUACGCAUGUGUAUUUUGGUGCAUCUGGUUAUAAGAGGAAGUGCGUGAACGAGUUAUUUCCGCUACCUACUUGUACUAGGCACGCAAAAACGGUUUAUUUACAGUGUAGUCGUAAGG